ACCUAUAUCUUGCAAAUAAUAUUUUGCAUUUAUCGUCACGCCUUUGGACGUUACUUUUUUUUCCCUUUUUCAAUUUUCAUUUUCUUUUCCUUGUCUUUUCUUGCGCUUCAGUCCCUUUUUUUUGCGUUAAGCUUUCAUUAUGUCUGAAGCUAAAUUAAAGGAACUCGUUAAGAGGCGUGGUGGCUAUAAAGCUAAGCUAACUUAUUUUGCCAACUUUGUAAAAUUAUUACCUACUUCUGAUCUUACCCCCUUUCAACUAUCUGAGCUACAGUACCGAGUUAGUGCUAUGGAAACGCUAUAUAAUGAUUUCGAUACGUUACAGACGGAGUUGGAGUUGUUGUCGGAGAACACGAGCGAGGCAUAUGCUGAGCGAGAACAGUUCGAGUUGUUGUAUUACGCGCAGAUGGGCCUCGCGCGAUCACUGCUCGAGCCUCCACGUCCAUCCUCGCCGCCGCUCGUCUCUGCAGCCUCCACUAGCGACAAUCUUCACGGCUCUGGUUGCAAGCACGAUUUUGUGCGCUUACCCAAGAUCGACUUGCCUCACUUCAACGGCGACUAUCAGCACUGGCUCGAGUUCCGAGAUACGUAUAUUUCCCUUAUACAUAAUAAUAGUAGUAUACAGGACAUCAAUAAAUUUCAUUAUUUGCGUGCUACUCUUAAAGGCAGCGCAGCAUUAGUCAUUAAAAGUAUUGAUUUCAAAGCCGAUAAUUACGCUAUAGCUUGGCAAUUAUUAACAGAUAGGUAUAAUAAUGAAAGGCUACUUAUAAACAAUCAUGUUCAAGCCUUAUUCAAUUUUGAAUUAAUACCCAAGGAAUCUAGUGCAUCAUUACGUAACAUGAUUGAUGUAACUAAUAAAAAUUUAAAGGCGCUCGAAACCUUAGGACAGCCUACCUCACAGUGGGAUAUACUGAUCAUUUUUAUUAUGUCCAAAAAAUUGGAUGUAGUCACCCAUCGCGAGUGGGAGGAAUUUAAAAAUAACUUAGACAAAUAUCCAAAUCUAAAAGAUUUUGUAAAAUUUUUGUCUAAUCGAGCAGAUUUAAUCGAAUCAAUAAAUAAUUGUAAUUCAAACACAAAACUUACACAUAAUACAAAUAAAUAUUUACAGGAGACUAAAAAUAAAAAU